GCGACGCGCUCCUCGUUGCUAGGGGCGGAGGCGCGUGGAGCGCUGUGGUUGCGGACGCCCUAUGGUACCGCGCCCCCGCCAGCCUCAGUUUCCCGCCGGGCCAGCCAGCCGGUGGGUCUGGAGCCCGAGAGAUUAGGAAGUGGCUGCCUGAACUAUUUUCCAAAGGAUAAACAUUAUAAAGCAUUGAAUACAGCAGCUCACCAAAAAGAUACUGUUGGUUUGGGGGGAACACAACUUCCAGCAGCCACAAGGAAUGUUGCUGCUCAAGUGCUAUCUGAAAUGAGCUCCUCCUCAGAAGGUUUCAUGUGGGUUCCAUGCCACCAUGGGGAAACUGCAAAGCAAAAUCAAACACAGCACUUACAAAUACAGCAGGCCCGAUGGAAUUGUAGCAGAGAGAAUGCCAACUAAAGCCUGUCCAGAGUAUAGCCCAGCUCACACGGAUACCGUCUCUGUUGUUGCCACUCUGAACUCGGACCUGUGCAUCUCCGGAGGGAAAGAUAAGACUGUUGUGGCCUAUAAUUGGAGAACUGGAAAAGUGGUGAAAAGGUUCAGAGGACAUGAUCGUGAAAUCACCAAGAUAGCCUGUAUUCACAAAUCAAACCAGUUCUUCAGUGCCUCUCGCGACAGGAUGGUCAUGAUGUGGGACUUGCAUGAUUCCUCACAACCGAGGCAGCAGUUCUGUGGCCACGCCAUGGUGGUCACCGGAUUGGCUGUGAGUCCAGACUCAUCACAGCUGUGUACUGGUUCUCGGGACAACACCAUGCUUCUGUGGGAUGUGGGGACUGGACAGUGUGUGGAGAGAGCUUCAGUCUCCAGGAAUCUGGUCACUCACCUGUGCUGGGUCCCCAGAGAACCAUAUAUACUACAGACAUCUGAAGAUAAAACCAUCAGAUUAUGGGACAGUCGGGGACUGCAGGUAGCUCAUAUGUUUUCCACAAAACAGCACAUUCAGACCUACUGCGAGGUCAGUGAGGAUGGACACACAUGUAUCUCCUGCAGCAACGGCUUUGAAGGGGAAGGCUGUGAAGCCACAUUGUGGGACCUAAGGCAGACACGGAACAGAAUAUGUGAGUAUAAAGGACAUUUCCAGACUGUUGCAUCCUGUGUCUUCCUACCAAGAGCAUUGGCCUUGACACCUGUAAUUGCUACCUCAUCACAUGACUGCAAAGUGAAGAUUUGGAACCAAGACACUGGAGGUAAGUACUUGCUGUUGGUGUUUCUGAAAGGUACUUAAGUCCUAAAGCCUUCCCUAAAACUCUUUCUUUCCAUUACUCAGGAUAUACAAAGCCACCCACAUCCUCCCACUGUCCAGUCCACUAAUGGUUAAAAUACGAUACCAAAAUACCAGAACCUCUGUUCAAUCUCU